CCACUCUCUCUCUCUCAUUGAAAAAAUGCCAUUGCAAAUCUUUCUUGCCCAGUAAAAACAGUAAAAAUGAUUUACAAGAAACAAGAAAAACCCAUUCCAUUUCAACCCCAAAACCUACCUCUCUCUCUCUCCAUGACCUGGUUGGGCUAUGAUUGAGUGAAACAGACAAAAUCUCCCUUAGCAUUGUCCAUUCCUCCUUCCCCACAACCCACACUACCAGCCAUUUCUUUAGGCUAUAGUAUUCAUUUUUUGAUGGUUUGCUAAGUGACAAGACCAUGGAAAAUGGGUAAUAGAGUACUUCUAUGUUCUGCUUGCUUCUACCCUACUGCAACUCGGCAAUACGAAAGGGUUUGCCUGAAAAUGAGGGAAAGUUGGACAAAAUAUAUCAAAUCAAGAUUUCAACAGUGACCCAAGGCAUUCCCUUUUCAGUUUCAAAUCUGUAGCAGAAAAUGAGGAAGCAUGGAUGGCAGCUCCCUUACCACCCCCUACAGGUGGUAGCUGUUGCUGUAUUUCUGGCAUUGGGGUUUGCUUUCUAUGUAUUCUUUGCUCCUUUUGUUGGGAAACAAUUGUUCCAGUAUAUUGCAAUAGGGCUCUACACCCCCCUUAUUUUGUGCGUCUUCGGCUUAUAUAUAUGGUGUGCAGCAGCUGACCCUGCAGAUCCAGGAGUUUUCAAGUCCAAAAAGUAUCUUAAAAUACCAGACAGGAAAAAGCUUUCCCAGCAAGACGAAUCAAAACUAGGUGGGAAAUCAAAUUCAUCCAUACAGGCUGCACAUGCUGCUGCAACAAUUGGAGGGAAACUUUUGGAUGAGAACACAAAGGAGAUGGAUGCAAAAACAGAGGGUUGUACUGUUGAAAUUGAGAAGAUAAAUGUGUCAUCUCGCCCCUCAUCUAGUGUUAUACCUUUGUUGGCUUUCAUUCCUUGUGCUUUUAAGUGCAACUGCUCAAGUCCACAAGAAGAAUCUUCUGAUCAACAUCUGAGUGAAGACGGCAUGUUCUACUGUAGUUUGUGUGAAGUAGAGGUUUUUAAGUACAGCAAGCAUUGUAGAGUUUGUGACAAAUGUGUAGACCGUUUCGAUCAUCAUUGCAGGUGGCUCAACAAUUGUAUAGGCAAAAGGAACUACCGGAAGUUUUUCAUCCUCAUGGUUUCUGCCCUUGUCUUGCUAAUUUUUCAAUGGUCAGCUGGAAUCCUUGUACUGGUGUGCUGUUUUCUUGAGCAGAAGAGGUUCUCUGUGGACAUUACCUCCAAGUUGGGAAGCAGUUUUACUCUGGCACCAUUUGUUAUUGUGGUGGCAGUGUGCACCAUUCUGGCUGUUAUCGCCACCCUACCACUGGCUCAGCUUUUCUUCUUUCACAUUCUUCUCAUAAAGAAGGGUAUUAGCACAUAUGAUUACAUCAUAGCCUUGAGGGAGCAGGAGCAACAAGAAGUUGGUGGUCAGCAAAGUCCCCAGCUGUCACAUGCCAGCUCCCUCACUGGGCUAAGCAGUGCAAGUUCCUUCAAUACUUUCCACCGAGGCACAUGGUGUACCCCUCCACGUCUGUUUCUUGAAGAUCAGUUUGAUGUGGUUCCACCCGAUUCUGCAUCCGUCAGUUCACUAGGCAAAAAGAUGGCAGGUGAUGAGCCAAUCAAGAAAAAGAACCCUGCAACAGUAAAAAUCAGUCCGUGGGCACUUGCGCGUCUAAAUGCCGAAGAUGUUUCAAAAGCUGCUUCUGAGGCAAGAAAAAAAUCCAAAAUCCUGCAGCCUGUUGUAAGGCGUGGUACACAGCUCAACCUAGACAGCAGCGGUGGCCGCCAUAUUGUCCCAAAACCUGACAACAACAAUCGAAGGCGGAACAGUAAACGAAUUCGUCUCCCGGCAGAACUUCCCCCCCUUGAACCCCUAACAAAAGAUUCUGAUGGGAAUGAUAGCUCUUUGACGAGUUUGGCCCCACUCCAGCUCGAAGCCCGGAGCGCUUUUCGAACAACUGCUUCGUCUCCUGAAAGCAGUACAGACUCACCUGACCGUCUCCACCCGUUCCGCGUAACGUUGGGCCCCACAGAGGUUGGGCGCCUCAUGGGACCCUCUGCUGGGGCGGUGGUGGCAGCUCGGAUGGGGACUCCUCUGUCAAGGUCGGCGAGCGAUGGGUAUGAAGCGUCUGGUGGGGAAGAUAGUGACAGGGUUCCUUCGAGGAAUGUGCAGAGGUCUACUACGAAUUGGAGUAAUCUUCUCUUGGGGUCUGAAAGGGAUGAGAGGGUGGGUAGAUUGAACGCGUCGACUUCCUCUAGCCACGUUAACAGUAGAAAUCUUUGAACAAUUGAGGUUACUCUUGUUGUUUGGAUUGAAUGGAUUUCGUGGGGGGUAGGCAUUCUAGUACUUCUUUCUUAUUCGUUGGCUGAAGGGGUUAACAGCCUGAUUGAAUUGGCUACUGGUUCUGUGAUCUUGGAAGCAAGGUUCUGCUCGGAGAGUGCUGUGAAGUUAGCCGAAAAAAAUCCAUAAAAGAGUUUUAAUUGUCUUCUUUUCUGUUUCUGAAUUGACGUACAGAAAUCCAGUAGACUGUUGCCAUUGUGUUCUCCUGUAUUGAUUGACGUACAGAAAUCCAGUAGACUGUUGCCAUUGUGUUCUCUCUGUAUUGAUGUAUUUCGUGGUGACAUUUCUUCUGUAGUGUAAAAUUGUAACAACCCACUUUUAGCGGAGAAAGUAACAGGUUUUCGCAGCGUUUUGA